UCCAGCGCAUCACACGUCGCUGGUGAAAAGGCAGAUUGUCACAAAUCUCUUUACCUCAUUUAUACAAUGCAUCAUAAUGUCGCUUCGUGACCACAUCAACACAUCCGAAGUGGCCGCGCUGUUCUUCGAGCCGAAUCAUCCCAAGAGAUUCUUCAAGUACAGUUGACCGAAACCCAUCUCCGUUGAGGUCUCAAUACAACGAUCUGCUAACGGAAAGUGUUAUCGAACUUUUGAACUUUUCCACGUGUUUAUUCCAUUAAUUAUGUUUUCUUAAUCGACUCGCUAUUCACUGCAAUUUAUACCCUCAAAGUGUUAUUAAUUUCAACAACCUUUAAUUUAUAAAAUCGCUAAAAAGUUUUACAAAAUGUUGGAGAAGCCGAAAUACACUCGUAUCCAGUCGUACGGGAGUAUGACGUCAUCGAGGAGCGAUGACGACAUGACUGUGCAUAGCCAAUUGUUCCCAUACCCUAAGAAGAUGGUGGUCGAGAGAGAGAUUCUGUACGAAGAGGAACAUCCACCAUUCCAGCCGCUGUUUGCGACUACUAGAAUCUUCGGGAAGGCGAGAUUCACUUGUCUUAUGGCGCUGUACCUUUGCUUCUAUGUUCUAUAUCUGAUCGCGGGAGCUAUAGUAUUUUCUGCAUUAGAACUGCCCUUCGAGAACGAUAUUCGUGUGAGCGUGUUUCGCGCCAAAGAGGACUUCAUAGCCCGCAACCCGACCGUUUUAGAGGGUGACCUGGAGGCGCUGCUGGAGGAGGUGAUCAAGGCGAGCAACCGCGGCGUGUCCGCCUCCAAGAACGUCACCAGCGGACCCAACUGGAGCUUCGGACAGUCGCUGUUCUUCUCCUCUACGGUCGUCACUACCAUCGGCUAUGGUCACGUGACCCCGCUGUCGAAACCUGGCAAGCUGUUCUGCAUGGUGUACGCGGUGCUCGGCAUCCCGCUGACGCUGGUGCUGCUGUCGGCGCUGGUGGAGCGCCUGCUGCUGCCCGCCACCUCCUUGCUGCGUGCCCUCAACGCUGCUCUCGGCCACCUCUACCGUCCUUUCACCAUACGACUUGUACAUCUCAUGAUUAUCGUGACGACCUUCGUGGUGUUCUUCAUCCUGGUGCCGGCCGCGAUCUUCGCGAGCCUGGAGCCGGAGUGGGACUUCCUGGACUCGCUGUACUACUGCUUCAUCUCUCUCACCACCAUCGGCCUCGGCGACUACAUCCCCGGCGACUCGCCCGACCAGCCCUACCGCCCCUUCUACAAGGUCGCUACCACACUAUACCUGAUCACCGGGCUGACGUUCCUCAUGCUGACGCUGACAGUCUUCUACGACAUCCCGCAACUGAACCUGAGCACGGUGUUCUCCUCGAUGAAGCUGGACGAGGAUCCGGAGAAGAUGCGGCUGAGCGGCUCCGCGGGCCCAGGGUAUGGUUUGGGAGGGCUGGUGAUGCGUGACCACUACGACCAGCGCCGCUCCGUGGUCCACAUCCGACCACACCUCGAUGACAGCCCUAGCCCCGAGGACACCACGCCAGUGCACGCGAGGGACAUCCGCCUACAUUAAAAAAACACUUUUGUCUAUGCUUUCAAUAAACAAAAUUAAUCUUUAUUUGAAUCGAUGUCUAUGACAAUGAAUCAUUAUAAAAUAUUCCUUAUUUUAUUAGAUAAGAAAAUAAUAAUAUCUUUAUUAAAUGUCAUUUUUAAAUCUAUGUGUUUAGAUGUAUAUAGACAAAGGAAUUAACAAUUCCUAAUUAAAGCUAAGUUUUUAAUUAUUUGAUACUGGCAAUAAGACGUGAAUUUUAAUUUUUCGCUAGUAAAAAUCAAAUCCCGGAAUUAUUUUCUUACGGGCUAUCUAAAGUUCUUUUAAUUUUUUUAAAGCGUACUGCAACAUCUAAUUAAAAAAAAUACUAGUUUGGAUAAAAAUACGUGAGAUUUUUAUUUUAGUGUUUUGGUAGCAUAUUACAUUUGUUGCUUUAAAAAAAUCUAAUUAAGGGUUAUUUGAUAGUUUUACGACGAAAGCUUAACCUUAGUUUAUUGUACUUAUGUGUGUAAUAGUGUUUACUUGUCUAUGCUCCCGCGCUCCUGCGUAGUGACAAUUUCCCGCGUAAUUUUAUAGAUAGCAUUUGAUGUCACCUAUUUCGGCCACAGACGGUUUUUAGUGUAAUUUGCAUUUAGUAUAUUUUGUUAGUUACGUAAUAAAUUGUAGCGCAAAUGAAAUUAAUAACAUAUUUUGUUUCAUAUAUCUAUUUUAGAGUAAAUGUUAUAAUUCAAUAAAUAAACCUACUUCAAAGUGAAGCUACCAUAAUGUAUGCCAUUGAAAGUAAUUUUGGAUGAAAACUUUAUUAAACAAAUUUCAUAAAACGAGGGUAUUUGAACAUUAUUUAAUUUCGUAUUGUAACUUGAACUUAGUUCGUGAUAAGACUGAGAAUAAAAAAGUUUUUUCAUUCUAAUUUUCAAAUGUUGAUUUUUCAACAUUCAAGGAAUUUAAAUCAGUAAAUGUUUAAAGUAAAAAGGUCAACAAAGUAUACGCCUUUAAAAGAGAAAAGAAUCUUAAAUAUAUCAAUGGCAUAUCAUAAUAAAUGUUUAUAUUUUUCUCUUAAGUUAUAAAUCAAAAGUAGCCACAUAAUUUUAUAGAUCAAAUAUGUUUGAAAUGAUAUCAGUAAUUGAAAUAAAUUCUAUAUAAAAGAUAGCAAUUUAAUUGAUGUCUAUACGAAUAUAUUAAACAAAAAAUCUAUUAGGAUAGAUAUCAGCUGUAGAAAUAAAAAAUAUUAAGAUUUUUGUUGCCAUAGAUUAACAAAAUUAUUCAGUAAAAUAGAUGUAUUACUAUGCACCAAAUUUAUGUUAAUCAACAUUUUCUAAUACAAAAAAGUAACUUAUGACAAUAUAGUACAUCCUAUAAAAAGUAUCUGAUAUAUUUUCUUAAUUUGCUCCUAUCAAAAUAUGCAAAACAGAAUUAUUUAAAUGGAUAACCUCAAACUGCUGAAAGCAGUAUAACAAUGGAAGCAAAGGUACUUGCAACUUUACAGGGAUCAUGAAAACUCACUAUCAUUUGCUUAUUAUGACCGUAGGUGAUAUAAAUAUAAAAGCCUAUAUUGUAUCUAACUUUAGAGUUUUAUCACGAAAAUAUUUACAAGUAAAAAUUUAUGUAUGAAACUAAAUAGAUUGUAGUGAAUAGCCAAGUUAUAAUAUAAAACGCCAGAGUGGUAGAAUAUUAGACCCAAAUUGAAUGUGUAUAAAUAAA